UUCAUGGCUAUCUAUUGUUCUCAGAUAUAUCAAACCAAACCCAACUUGGAAAGGAACCUUACAUAUGAUAUUAUUGCCUAUUAUGUGGAACUAGGUAACCAGUGGCCACCUUCCGUGGACAAGGAUAUCCCACAAAAAGUAAGUUUUGUACCCAUAGAGAAGUUUCUUCCCGACUUUUUUGUGGAGGUGUAUAUCUUUCAUGGUGGUUAUGAAUGUGUUACUAUAUAUGAGAGAUGGAACGAUAUUCGAAAGAAAUUCGCUCUCUACCAAUCUCCAUAUACUUGUCCACGAUAUCUACAACGUAUCUAUCAUGAAAUUUUGUUGCCUUAUGAAAGACAACGAAAAACUUUGGAACAGUCACCACCUUCCGAGUUGAGAACGGGUUCCAUAUCAGAAAUAGCAUCUUCAUUGUUAGGCUACACUUUGAAACUGGUAACCCAUUCUCAAAAAGAGAAUGUUUGUUGGAAAUGGGGAACUAUAGUUAGUUAUCAUAUGGAAAAGAAACUCCAUCAAGUCAUAUUAGAUGAUGGAAGGAAUAUUCUUCUCAACCUGGAACAAGUCCAUUGGCAACUGGGCGCGUGGAAUCCUUAUGCAACUAUGGUUGAUGAAAUAGCAAAGUGUUGUUUUACUCAUCAUCCCAGUUCUCUAAAAACUUUUCAAAGAUCUAACCAAUCAUUCCGUUUGGUGACACCUACUAUGGAUAAAGAAGAAACGCUGCAUCAAGAGGGUCAAGUUAUUUCCAUCCUGGCCACAGGAGCUUUGCAUUCAGUUGAAGAAAAAUCCGAGUUAGAAUAUGAUGAUUCCAGCAGUUGUUGGGAAGAGUCCUCGUUGAAUAAAGUUAUUUAUCCCGAGUUGGAUAGGAAGCCAACGGAACUGCAACGUUUUGAUAUCGUUCGAUGUCCAUGUGGUUGGCAAGUUGAUACAGGCGAUAUGGUAGAAUGUUCCGUUUGUAAGACUUGGUCACAUAAAUAUUGCAUUGGAGUGAACCCACACGAAUGGGAUAAGUUGAUGGAAAGUGAUUACAAAUGCUUCAUGUGUCAUCCCAGUGGAGUAAAAAAAGGUAGUUUGGCUCAUGAAGUAUUGAAAGCCAUUCAGUCUGUAGUUUCUCAAGAACAAUGGUCAGAACAUAUACAUUCUGUUCGCCAAUUAGAAUGGACAGGUCUUUUAUCUUCUUUAGACCGAGAUGCCUAUGAAGCCAUGGAUGAUACUGGAAUGGGAGACUAUCAUCCUGUAUUUGGAGAGAACCCUCAAGUUGUUUCCACUAUGCAUCAGAGUCAAUGGACUCCGAAACUUUUAUGGAAAACAAAAAAGAAGAAUGGCAGAGAACGAUGUUUUCGUAGAGACUCGAGACCAGCGGCUCCUCCAUUUGUUCGAGUUUCAGAGAAAGAGAAAAAGUUUUUGGAUAAGUUACGUUCUUUUUGGGAGUCCUGUUCACAACCUUUGGAAGUCAUUCCCAUGUUUCGAGGUAAACCUUUUGAUUUUUAUGCACUUUAUGAAGGUGUGAAGCGAAGAGGAGGAUUUAAGAAAGUAGUAGAAAACAAACAAUGGCCAGAGAUAUGGAAGACAAUGAGGAAUUAUUAUAAGGAAUCUACUGAUCAUUCCUAUCAAUUGAAGCGCUAUUUUGAAAAAUAUUUGAGGAGAUUUAUGGAAGAAUAUCCAAUAGAUGAAGAAGAUGAAGUGGAAGAAACUGCAGAGACGAGCAUUCAUAUGGCGGAAAAUAUGGAACAAUCCGAAAAGGAAUAAACUUUUGAGGGUUUCAACAACAAACUUGGAGAUGAUUGAUCACGAACCAACGAAAUGGAGAGAAACAAAGAAACACAAGAAAUAGGAACCCAUGGUUAUCCAUCUAAGAUGGUCGAUAUACUUAUUUUCUGAAACUCCACAGCAUAAGGAUAUUUGGUAGAGUUAAUAAUCGUGUCCACUUUUCAUUACAAGUACUACUCAGAUAUCUACUCCAGUACAAGAGGCUCCAGUUGAACCGUGGAUACAUAGCUGAAUAGUCAGGCUAGAAGGUUGCUUUUUAGAGGAACGAACUGUAAUAUAGAGACUAUAGGUCCUAAAGGAGGUUGGUUAAUUACGAAACAGUUUGUAUUGGAAGUUUAGUAGUAAGAGAUAAUGGAAGUUGAACAGUUCACGUCACUAUAUAAAGUAACCUGAGUUGUUGAUUUGGCCUUGCUUUGAACGAUAGUUAAUACAGCUAGUAAACAUAUAGUAACUAGCUGCACACUCAUUUCUUUCAAUCAAGAUUUAGAAAAGUCAAUUAGUAUGAAAGGUGAAAACGAUAGCUAUUCUGUCGCUUCAUAAGGGAAUCGUCCAUUCAUCA